AGAAAGCGACGCGCCGCGUCCCCCUCAGAGUCCGCGGCGAUCCACGCGCACGACCCGGAGCGGAGACACGGUCGGGACAUCCAGACCGAGCGGAUUUAUUCAGCAAAGGAUAAACAGGCUGCCACUUCGCAUUCUCUGACGGAGAGGUUUAACAUCUUGGAAGCCGGGGUUAGGUGACGGGGGAGGAGGAGGAGGAGGAGGAGGAGGCGCGGAGAAUGAGCUAUUCUUGUACCAGCAGAGGCAACAGCCACGACCCGUCACCGAGCACCGACCGGGCCAGGAGCAGCGACAGCACCGGGAGCGGCAGCCCCACGAUGAAGGUGAAGAAAGGCUGCAACCCCACCGAGGUGCUGGUGGGGGUCCCGGCGACCACCGAGGAGGAGCUGCAGGCGAGGACGGCCAUCAGUCCGGAGGAUGUGAUGGGCUUGCAGAAGAUCACGGAGAAUUAUCUGUGCGGCCCGGAGGAGAACAUUUACAAAAUCGACUUCACAAGGUUCAAGAUCAGAGACAUGGAGACCGGCACUGUGCUGUUUGAAAUCACCAAACCUCCAACCACAGAUAAAGCAGGAGAGAAGCGAGACGUUGACCCAAACGCCGGACGCUUCGUCCGUUACCAGUUCACUCCCGCUUUCCUCCGACUGCGGCAAGUUGGAGCCACAGUUGAGUUCACAGUCGGAGAUAGGCCGAUAGAAAACUUCAGGAUGAUUGAGAGACAUUAUUUCAGAGAAAGGUUGCUGAAAAGUUUCGACUUUGAGUUCGGCUUCUGUAUGCCGAGCAGCAAGAACACCUGUGAACACAUCUACGAAUUCCCACCUCUGUCCGAGGACAUGAUCAGAGAGAUGGUCCUCCACCCGUACGAGACGCAGUCCGACAGCUUCUACUUUGUGGAUGAUAAGCUGGUGAUGCACAACAAGGCGGACUACUCGUACAACGGUGGGACGUAGAAACUACACACCCACGUGAGAGACAGGAGGACUUUUGGACUUAUCU